AUGGCAUCACAAGUCUCCGCAGCUCGCUAUGGAAAGGACAACAUUCGUCUAUACAAAGUGCACCGGGAUGAGGCUACAAAUACUCAUACUGUCACAGAGAUGACAGUUUGUGUCUUGCUUGAGGGUGAUAUCCAGACAUCGUACACGAAGGCAGAUAACAGUGUUGUGGUCGCAACCGACACAAUGAAGAACACUGUUUAUAUUCUUGCAAAACAAAAUCCGGUCACGCCACCAGAACUCUUUGGUUCCAUCGUGGCCUCACACUUCCCAGAAAAAUAUCCCCAUAUCCAUGCCGCCCAUGUCAAGAUUGUUACCCAUCGAUGGACACGUAUGAACAUUGAUGGGAAACCGCAUCCUCAUUCCUUCCUCCGUGAUGGCACGGAAACUAGGGACGUAGAUGUGACAUGCAGAAGAGAAACUGGUAUUACCAUCAGAUCUGGACUCCAGGGGCUUUUUGUGUUGAAGAGCACUGGUUCCGCAUUUCACGGCUUCAUACGAGAUGAAUAUACAACUUUGGGCGAAACCCGGGAUCGGAUAUUGAGCACUGAGGUUGAUUCAACCUGGGAAUGGAACUUGUUCAAGACCCUCGAUGACGUCAGGAAGCUCAUCCCUAACUUCGAUGUCGCGUGGAAGAAAGCCCGAGACAUCACUUUGAAGACCUUUGCGGAAGACAACAGUGCUAGCGUUCAAGCUACCAUGUACAAAAUGGCAGAUCAGAUCCUUGCUGCAGUUCCGCAAGUAAAUCAUGUGGACUAUUCGCUCCCAAACAAACAUUAUUUUGAGAUCAAUCUCGAAUGGUUCAACGGACUAAAGAAUACAGGAAAAGACGCGGAAGUUUAUGCCCCACAAUCCAACCCUAAUGGGCUGAUUAAAUGCACCGUUUCAAGACCUGGGGCCUCGAAGGUCCUCUCCAAACUUUAG